AUGCCCUCCGACGAACGACCUGCCAAACGUCGCCGCCCCCUCUCCCCGCACGCCUCCCAAGCAGCCCAACUAGAAUCUCUCUUCUCCAAUCCAACCCAAGAAAUCAAGAUCCCCACGCGGUGCAUCCCCGAGCCCAAGCCUCUGCCCCCGCCGCCGGACAUCGUGACCAAUGUGCAAGGCUCGAGCGCAGGCGCCGGGUCCGGCGAGUUCCAUGUCUACAAGGCGGCGCGCAGGAGGGAGUACGAGAGACUGAGGCGGAUGGAGGAGGAGCUGGCGAGGGAGAAGGCGGACAAGGAGUUCGAGGAGAGGCGGCUGGCGCGGGAGAGGGAGGACGAGGAGAGGACGAGGAAGAAUCGGGAGAAGAGGGAGAAGAAGAAGAGGCGGAAGGAGAAAGAGGAGGAGGAGGAGGAGGAGGGGGGAGAGGGCGAUUGUGAGAUGAAGGGUGCUGGGCAGAAUGGGCAGGAAAAGAAGAAGGAUUAUGAGGGCGAGGAAGAGCAGAAUGAUGGUCAUGAGGGGAAGAAGGACGAGGAUACGAAGCCGGCUAUCCCGGCACCGCCUGCGGUGCCGAUGGUUAAUAACGAUGGGCCGGGGCUGCUCAUCCACGACGAUGACUGA